AUGCAGGUUCGCGAGACUCGGAACCAACAAUGGCAAAGACCUUCCAACCCCCAACUGGCCGUCAGCAAUCCCUCGAUCCACACAAGCAUCUUCGGCGUUGUUGAGCCGUUGAAGAAUAUGUCGCCAGGAUCGUCUGGUCUCGUCCAAUGGGCGGCCACCGGCUUCUUGAUUCGUUGCGCCUGCAGCGAAUGCAAUGUGACCUCGAGCUCUCGUUCCUUGCACGGGAAUACCAUUUCGGAGAAAGACGCAAUCUCGAGCCAAAGUUGUCGAGGUCCAGAGCAUGCAGGAGAAAGGCGCUGA